AUGGCAACACAGUACCAGCUACCAUUCCAGCUAUCUGAUCCCAGUCUCCUUCAUUUUGAUUCCUACGUCAAUGAGAAAUGGGUGGCUGCAAAGAGUGGCAAGCGGUUCGAAGUUCUUGACCCCGGUACCGAUAAAGCCUGGGCAAGCUGUCCGGCAAACUCAGGAGAAGAUGUCUCCGAGGCUGUUGAAAGCGCCCACGCCGCAUUCGAAAAGUACCGCAAGGUCAACCCGCGCCAGAGGGCCAAAUGGCUACUCAAAUGGCAUGACCUGACCCUAGCAGCUCGCGAUGAUCUGGCGCAAAUUGUUACUCACGAGACUGGAAAGCCUCUGGCGGAGGCAUAUGGCGAGAUUGACUACUCCCUUGGAUUUUUAUGGUUCUUCUCUGGAGAAUGCGAACGCAUUCAAGGCAGUGUCUCACAGGCUGCUGCUCCCAAUCGCCGCUUAUUUACCAUCAAAGCGCCCAUCGGAGUGGCCGCGGCUUUGACUCCUUGGAACUUCCCCGUUGCCAUGGUUUUGCGGAAGGCUGGAGCGGCUUUGGCAGCUGGCUGUACUAUGGUUGUAAAGCCUAGCCCCGAGACGCCAAUCUCCUCGCUUGCUUUGGCAGUUCUUGCUUCCCGUGCUGGUUUCCCUCCAGGUUGCAUCAACAUCCUGACCACGGAUUUGGACAACACACCAGUGCUGAGCGAGACACUAAUCAAACACCCACUUAUUAAGAAGGUCUCGUUCACUGGCUCGACUCGGGUCGGAAAACUAGUUGCCUCGCACUGUGCUCAAGGCUUGAAGAAAGUGACACUUGAAUUGGGCGGCAAUUGUCCAUUCAUUGUCUUUGAUGAUGCCAAUCUCGACCAAGCGCUCGAGCAGCUCAUGGCACUAAAGUGGCGUCAUGCUGGUCAGGCAUGUAUUACCGCCAAUCGGAUUUACGUGCAAUCCGGUAUCUUCGAUCGCUUCGCUGCUCUUUUGAAGGAGCGCACGGCUGCUUUAGUCGUCGGCCAUGGAUCUGCACCUGGCACCACAAUGGGACCGCUGACAACACCUCGCAGCAUUGAAAAGGCCACUGCUCAGAUUGAGGACGCUCGCCGUCUUGGAGCCGACGUUCUUUUGGGUGGUAACCCACUCACGUCAAAGCCAGGCUACUUCUUCGAGCCGACAAUUCUUUCGGGCAUGACUGAGGAGAUGCUUAUCUCACAGGAAGAAUCAUUCGCCCCCAUUGCAGCCUUGUACCGGUUUGAUACAGAGGAUGAGGCGGUCAAGCUGGCCAAUGAUACUAGCAUGGGUCUGGCUAGUUAUGCGUUCACUAAGAAUAUCGAUCGCAUGUGGCGUCUUUUAGAGACCCUGGAAGCAGGAAUGAUCGGCAUGAACACAGGCAAUCAAUCGGCGGCUGAAUCGCCUUUCGGUGGUAUUAAGGAGUCUGGAUAUGGAAAGGAGAGUGGAAAGGAUGUGGCGGUUAAUGAAUACCUGAUCACCAAAACGGGAACCUUGACACUCGAGGGACACUAUUGA